AUGUGGCAGCCUGUCAGAUCGCAUCAAAUGAAAUUCGCAAGAAUUGAAUAUGCCGGGACCUUAGACAAAGAGCCAGUGAAACUUAGUGAAUCGUGGAAGCAAUACUAUCUCUUGUGGUGUAGUCAAUCACCCAAAUUUUGCGAUACAACUCUACCGACCUCAGGAGAAAACGAAAAGCCUGAAGAGGGAAAACCAUCCACCGUCAAAGAUAUCUCACUGAUUGAAAGGAUCAUAAGCGUUAUUGGCGCAAUGGCUUCUGGCCUCUUCUACGGAACGAUGUGGCUUCCAGUAAACUACAUGAUGAGCCACCAUGAAAAGUUUCCGGACGCGCCAACUAACCCACUGCACUACUUUUUUUCAUACACUUGUGGGAUAUUAUCUACCUCCGUAUGUAUUUUUGUCAUUUAUGCGAUUGUGAGACGCAAUCGUCCAUGGGUCAGUUCAAAUGCAAUAAUUCCUGCGCUCUCUACUGGUCUCUGUUACGGUUGUGCUAUGUCUGCAUUCGUAGUGGCUAUUGACAAACUGGAUGCUGCCAUUGCCUAUCCUAUAGGCCAGAUGGCACCUGGCCUUGUAGUUUCCACGUGGAGUUUGCUAUACUACAGAGAAAUUAUGGGACGACGGAACCUGCUGAUUCUCGCAUGUGCCUACCUUCUAACUGUAGCAGGAGUGAUAAUAGUGACUAUCUCUAAGGAAGUAAAAGUUUUCUAAUGUGGAGCUGGAAUUGGCAUUAGGCAUUUGAAAUAAAGUGAUCAAUCAGGUUUAAUUACUGAAGAAACAAACAGGGAAGAGUCGCAUACCUCGAAAUCAACAGUGCAUAAGAUAAAGUGUUCAAAACAGAGUUUUGCCUCAGCGCGUCACUAUUUUUGAAAUUGUUUUUUUUAUCUCCGAGUAUCUGAC